CGAGUUCUAGUCUUGUAAUAUUAAAGCUAAAUUAGCUUUCAUGGUUUUUUUCCUUCCCUACAAGGUCCUUUAGAAACUCGUUGGAUGGAUGCUCUAAAUCAAACAAGAGUGACUGAAUUUGUCUUCUUGGGACUCACUGAGAACUGGGUGCUGGAGAUACUACUUUUUGUGACAUUCUCCAUUGCAUAUGUACUAACCCUUUUGGGGAACGCUCUCAUCAUAGUUACUAUAGUUUUUACUCUGCAUCUUCAUACCCCCAUGUACUUCUUCCUGAGCAAUCUGUCCUUUAUUGACCUCUGCCACUCGUCCGUCACGGUGCCCAAGAUGCUAGAGGGCUUGCUUUUGGAGAGAAAGACGAUUUCCUUUGAUAAUUGCAUUGCACAGCUCUUCUUUCUACAUCUGUUUGCUUGUGCUGAGAUCUUUCUACUGACCAUAAUGGCUUAUGAUCGUUACGUAGCCAUCUGUGCUCCGCUGCACUAUUCCAGUGUGAUGAACAUCAGGGUCUGUGUACAGCUUGUCUUUGCUCUCUGGUUGGGGGGUACUGUUCACUCUCUGGUGCAGACCUUCCUGACCACUCGACUACCUUACUGCGGCCCCAACAUUAUUGAUAGCUACUUCUGCGAUGUGCCACCUGUCAUCAAGCUGGCGUGUACAGAUACAUACCUCACAGGAAUGCUCAUUGUGUCUAAUAGUGGAACCAUCUCCCUCACCUGUUUCCUGGCUUUGGUUACCUCUUACAUAGUCAUCCUGGUUUCUCUUAGAAAACAGUCAGCUGAAGGACGCCGGAAAGCCCUGUCUACCUGCUCAGCCCACUUCAUGGUGGUUGCCUUCUUCUUUGGACCGUGUAUCUUUCUCUACACUCGGCCAGACAGCAGCUUCUCUGUGGACAAGGUGGUAUCUGUCUUCUACACGGUGGUCACCCCUUUGCUAAAUCCCCUCAUUUACACCUUGAGGAAUGAGGAGGUAAAAAAUGCCAUCAAACAUCUCAGACAGAAACAGGUUUUUUCAUGAAGUCAGGUACAUGAUUGAUUCGGAAUCACAAGUGUAAUUAUGGCCAUAUACUUAACGAGUCCGUAGAAGUAAAAAACAAAGUCAGUAGGUAGAAUGGCACUG